GAGUCUACCACAGCAAAGAAAAUGAUUGUCCUUCUCUUCUUUAUCUCAUCAAAUAUAUGCGUAACAUCCUGCAGCGAAUCAUCAAAACUGGUGGUUGGACAGGUUGGGGAUACAGUUAAUCUUCCAUAUAAAUAUGACAUUAACACUACUGGCCUAUUGAACGUCUGCUGGGGGAGACGUCAGUCAUGGUUCAGCUGUGAGAACACUGUUAUCUCCUCCGAUGGCUUGCAAGUGACCUACAGAGAGUCAAACAGAUUCAGCUUGGCCAGUGGACUGGAGCGAGGGGAUGUUUCACUUACCAUAAAGGCUGCUCAAAAGAGGGAUGCUGGGAUGUACGUGUGCCGUAUCGAGAUCCCUGGACUUUUCAAUGACAUUAGUCACAAUGUCUAUCUGUUUAUCAGCAAUGGACUGGAUCCAAAGAGAGUCAUCUCAGAAACACAACUGGUCCCUUCAACAGCAAAUCAGGAAAAACAAGUCUACUAUGUAUCAGACCCAACCACACUCAUUACAGAGCUUUAUUUCAUAUCAGAAAAGACAACUGCAGAUGCUACCGACAUCUACAUGUAUGAAGCAAUUGCAGUUGUCCAUGCUGAGGAUACAAUGGAAACAUUUGUCAUAAAUACUGUAAGAGUGGGGGCCAUUGUCUUCAUCCCGGGUUUAAUCAUCGCACUUCUGUUCAGACUGCGGCGCUCCAGAGAACGCACUGGAUGAAGGCGAAUGUAAAAAUCUGCCAGGCUUCCCAGACCAACAACCACACACUGAUAUGGUGUGAUAGUCAGUUCUGAGGUCACUAUGACUGUAUAAAAACCACAUGCAUGGUGACUUUAUUUUUUUUAUUUUUUUUUUGUGGUUUGUUAUCAGUGCCUAAUAGGCUAUUUAUAAAAUAAUUGAUCAGUUAUUAAUCUAAAUCUGAGAUAAUUUAUUUACAUUGUGUUUUUUUUUUUUUUUUU